CAUAUUGAUUUAUUACGGCCCUGCAUUUGUUGACAGAAACCUAACCUAUAGCGCAAUUUUUCUCCCUAUCGAUCUUAACGCUUGUCGAAGCACACGAAGCAUCAGUCGCAUACGGAUGUUACUUGGAUGAGGGAUUGAGGCAAGAUGACGAGAUGCGAACUGAAUCAGAUAUUUCUAGGCGAGGUCGCGUCCGUGCAAAAUUACGGGGCCUUCGUUAGGAUACCAGGUAGCUCGCAGCAGGGCCUGAUACACCGGACGCAGGUAAGCACGGCUCAUGUCGACAAUGUUGCAGAGGUCUUGCAAAAGGGUGAGCGGGUCUGGUGUAAGGUGAUCUCUGUGGGUGAGGACGGUAAGGUAGGGCUGUCCAUGAAGCACGUGAAUCAGGGGGACGGCACGGACCUGGACCCCAACGGCGUGGAGCUGCAGAGAGACUUGCAGCGGAGAAAGAAUCCCGGGACGGCUCAACGCAAGGUCAUACAGCUGGAGGCUGUGCUGAACACCACGUGCGCCAAGUGCGGCACCCGGGGACACCUGUCCAAGGACUGCUUCAUGUCGCCCGACGGCAAGAAGUACGAGCUGCUCCCGGAGGUCGAGGAGGAGAGCGUUCCAGAGCCGGGCGGCGAGGACGUCGCGAGGAAGGUGGAGAAGAAGCACAAGUCGAAGAAGAAGAAGAGAAAGUCGAAGAGGAGCAAGCAGUCCGCGGACGACAGCGAUACGGAAGACAAGGAGAGGAGCAAGAAGAAGAAGAAGAAGUUUUCCAAAGAGCGCAAGAAGCACAGGAAGAAAUCCAACAGUGGCUCGAGCGACUCCUCGGGCAGCUCGUCGUCCGGCGACGCGAAGGCUCACAAGCGAAAACACUCGGACGAUCACGAGACUCGUACCAAGAAAUGCAAACACUCCAAAACCAAGCAUUCAGAUUAACCGACUUUCUUCAUAUAAAUUUUUUCUAAACUCUUUCUUUUCUUUUUUUAAUAUAAAAUUUUCAAUAUUGCAUC